GUCUUUAAAAAACGUAAGAAACUUUUCCCCUCAAACCGGGGAAUUUAGACUACCUUGUAUUUGCAAUGCGUCGUAAAGAGUAGUGAUAACAGGCUUUGACAACAACAUGUCAGAUACCCUAACAACCUCAACUUCUCGCGGUGGGUCUAGACGGAUGGUUAGUCCUGUAACGUUUAAAAAGGACAGAGAUACUGCGGAUGUACAAAUCAACCGAAGCUCACUGGAAAAUGGCUACGGCUUUAGCGACACAUUCACGAAUUCUACAGGUUCUUCAAUUUCUAUGCCUCAAAUUGACUCGUGUAUUCUAGGAAAGGAAACCCUGGAACAGAGGGAAAAGUUUACUCUUUACAAGAUCGAAGUAAACAAUGGUCGAAAAAGUUGGAUAAUCUACAGACGUUAUGGAGACUUUGUUCUUUUGAAUAAAAAGUUACGCAGGCUUUUUCCAGAAUUUCGACUGCAUUUGCCUGGCAAACGUUUCUUCAAAGAUAACUUUGAUAAAGGCUUUAUUGACAAACGCCAAAGAGGUCUUGAAGUGUUCACGAACAAUUUGUUUGGCCAUCGAAAUCUUGUUCUCAGUGAUCCAGUUCAGAGAUUCUACAGAUUGAAUAACCCUCCUCAACCCAGUGAGAGUCUUGAGGCUUGCCAGGACUAUUGUCAAUCCCUUGAACAUGCUCUGGCAGAUUUGCGUCAAAAGUUACGUAACCAGACUGCUGAACUUAAUUCCUUGAAAACAGAACUAUCCCAAGUGACUUAUUACAGGAAUGAAAAUCAGCAUCUCUGUGAACACCUACAGCAACAGCAGACUAAUGUUGAUCAACUCACUAAGAGUCUACAAGAUCAACUGAACAUUGCUUUAGAGAACGAAAGAAGAGCUAAGGAAGAGGUGGAAACCUUGAAGGAAGAGAUGAAAGCUGAACGCGCUUCUGUACAGGCUGCGAGGGUGAUCGAAAAACAAAAGAGAGAUGAAGGAAUUAAUAGGCAGAUGGACUUGUUUAAACAAUCACAGGAGGCUGUCAAUCAAAGAGUCGAUUCUCUUGUUCAUUCCUUGGAACAGCAAUCAAUAAUUGAAAUAAAAAUUGCUGGGGUGACACAAGAAAUGAAAACUGGUGAACGCACAGAAAACAAGGCAAUUCAGCUUAAGAAAGCUCUUGAUGAAACUAGAACUCAACUUGACAAAAUUCACAGAAAUUCAUUAGAGAUGUAUCAGCAAGAAGUUGAAGACCUCAAGGUUGAGUUAUCCAGAGCAGAAUUUUUGGCAAAGGCUAAAACUCAAGAGGCAGAGUCACUGAGGGCAGAGAUUUCUGGUCUUCAUAGAAAAUAUCAGGAUUUCAGGAAGGCACAAGAUGAUUAUAUUUCAGACCUUCUCAGUAAAUUCAAUGACCUUCAGCGAUAUGCUGUUUCAACAGAGGAGAAAUAUUUCUUCUCUCUUGUUAUUGGUGUUAAACUCAACAUGGGUGUAUGUGGAUUAAGAGUGGACCAUAUAAAUCACCUCAAACCACCGACACUUUUUGAACAAGUACGGAAUCACGGCUACUCCAUAGAACAUUGGCCAAGUUGGUUGUCUCGCACACUGUCAAAUGCCUCAUCAACACUUGAUCCUGAGGAUGAAGAUUAAUUUUGCUUCUUAGCUCUUUCACUCCAAAGAUCUAAUUAGUAUUUCUGUCUCACAACCUUUUGUUAUUACAUGGCAGAAUUUAGUAUUGGAUCAACUUAAAGUUCCCUAAGUUAUUUUCUGCUUUAUUCUCAUCACUUUUCUACUUGAUAUUGUACUGAUAUUGUAAGGAGAAGUUCUCUCUUCGUCACUCAUGGGAGUUGAAGGGUUAAAAUCAGAGUCUGUAUGAUUGUUUUGGUUUAUGUGUGUGUGUUUUUAAUCUUCUGUCCCUCAGGUAAAACACAAUGUAAAUUCUGCCAGCAAAAUCUUGUUUUUUCAUUGUUUAAGUUUGAAAAUUAUUUGCAUUAUUGAGUUUUGUUUUGAUUGUUUCUCUCAUGAGUGUGUUAUACCCUCAACUCCCAUGAUCUGAUUAGUUAUUCUCCAUUCUAACUGCCUUACAUUCACUUGUAAAUUAAUCAAGAGAAGGUGGUGUUGCAUCAGGAAAACUUCCUUUGGGUGAUAAGUUUCUUUCUUUUCAACACCUUCAUAUCUGAUAAUACACUGAUAUUAUCAUUUCAAGGGCAGAUUGUUUCCUCUUAAGAAUAAUUUCAUUUUUUUCACUGGUAUAAUCUCGCUUCCUUUUUUUCUAAUCCUUUUCGGAAAAAUCCCACCAAUCUUUUUUGU